UUGAGAUCAUUCAACACUGUGAGCGCUGACUGUCUGAGCGGAUAGUGGCACAGCAAAACGACGACACCGCACCUCCCUGAAAUCUCCCCAAACGCGAUGGCAACCCUCCUCGCAGCACAGAAGAGCCACGAAAGCUGCGGAUGAGUGGAGUCGAGGAUGCUGCGCACCACGGCCAAAAUCCCGGAGCUCCUCUGAACAGGACUGUGGGUGUGUGCGCGCGUCGGGCUCGCUGCUACCUCCGGACUGCACUCGCCAACUUCCCCCGCUUUACAUCAAGUCAUGUCUGAAACAGAGCGAUGGGCAAGUUUGACGACAACGAGAGGAUAAUCCUCAACGUCGGGGGCACCAGGCACGAAACCUACAAGACCACCCUGAAGACCCUGCCGGGGACGCGACUGGCGCUGCUCGCCUCCGACUCGGACAUCGACUCCGUGCUGGAUCAGCUGCAACAAGUCCCCGGCUUCAUCGAGUACAACGCGCGGACCAACGAGUACUUCUUCGACCGCCACCCGGGCGUGUUCGCCUACGUGCUCAACUACUACCGCACCGGGAAGCUCCACUGCCCGGCGGAUGUGUGCGGACCGCUGUUCGAGGAGGAGCUCUCCUUCUGGGGCAUCGAUGAGACGGACGUGGAGCCCUGCUGCUGGAUGACAUACCGGCAGCACCGGGACGCGGAGGAGGCUCUGGACGUGUUCGAGCUCAACGUGGACAACGGGGACGAGGACGACGAUAUAGGAAAGAGGCUCGGCAUUGAGGACGUGGAUGCCGACGGUAACGUCAGCCUGUGGAGGAAGUGGCAGCCGGUGAUCUGGAAUCUAUUCGAGGAUCCCUACUCCUCCAGGGCGGCGAGGUUUAUCGCCUUUGCAUCUUUGUUCUUCAUCCUGGUCUCCAUCACCACCUUCUGCCUGGAGACUCAUGAAGCUUUCAACACCAUAAUCAACAAGACGGAGCUGAUGCGGAACAGCAGUGUGUCGGACUCUGGCCCUCAGUACGAGAUUGAAACAGAUCCUGCGCUCACCUAUGUUGAGGGUGUUUGCGUCUUUUGGUUCACCAUUGAGUUCCUGGUGCGUGUGACAUUCUGCCCGGUCAAGUUGGAGUUUGUAAAAAGCGUCCUCAACAUCAUUGACUUUGUGGCUAUCCUGCCUUUCUACUUAGAGGUAGGACUGAGUGGCCUCUCUUCAAAGGCCGCCAAGGAUGUGUUGGGUUUCCUCAGGGUGGUGCGCUUUGUUCGUAUCCUGCGUAUCUUCAAGCUAACACGUCAUUUUGUGGGGCUAAGAGUGUUGGGCCACACUUUACGUGCCAGCACCAAUGAAUUCUUGCUGCUCAUCAUCUUCCUGGCAUUGGGAGUGUUAAUUUUUGCCACCAUGAUUUACUAUGCUGAACGAAUCGGCGCAAAGCCCAACGACCCCACUGCUAGCCUCCACACCAAGUUCAAGAACAUCCCCAUUGGCUUCUGGUGGGCUGUGGUGACCAUGACUACACUGGGAUAUGGUGACAUGUAUCCAGAGACCUGGUCAGGCAUGGUUGUGGGUGCAUUAUGUGCUUUGGCUGGCGUGCUGACGAUAGCCAUGCCUGUGCCGGUUAUCGUGAAUAACUUUGGGAUGUACUACUCUCUGGCCAUGGCCAAACAGAAGCUCCCCAAAAAGAGGAAGAAACACAUCCCUCAGACAGUGCAGGGGGGGUCCCCCAGCUACUGCAAAGCUGAUCUCAACACCACCUGCAACAGUACUCAAGGUGACCUGUGCCACGUCAAAGGGAGCAGGGUGCUAGAACGCAACCGCUCAGUUCUGUCAGCAGACUGCAGCAGUGACCUGACCAUGUCUCCAGAGGAGAGGGUCCCCAUGCGAAGGUCGAGCACCAGGGAACAGGACCGUCGGAGCGGGGGAACGUGCUUCCUGCUCUCUGCUAGUGACUACACCUGCCCUGCAGAUGGAGGGAUGCGAAAAACAGGCUAUGAGAAAUCCCGGAGUUUAAACAACAUAGCGGGCAUGACUGGCAUGGCUGGUAACACCCUGAGGUUAUCUCCUGUGACCUCGCCCUACGAUAACUGCAAAGAGGUUGUCUUUACUGGUUUCACACAAGCAGAGAGCAGCGUUCUAUCUUAAUGGCUUUGGGGGAAGGCGCCACCAUGGCGGAAAGGUAACCUUCUGAACGGGUGCGGGGGUCAGAAUUCAGUGCAGAACCCUCUCACCCUCUUGGUCAUGAAUUAUGAUGUAUGUUUUUGUGUGCGAGAUAAAACCUGGGGUUAUUCAAUAAUCCUAAGAAAUACCUGUAUAUGGUUGACAUCUACAACAACCACACAGUCUUGAUGGUACCAUCAGUGAUUGUAGCAUCAGUGGGUCAUUACCACAUAAAUAUGAAGACAUAUACAGUCUCCUAUACUGUAAACAAAUGAACCCUGUUAUUGAGGAGCAAAACUACAUCUUGAAUAAUGUGCCACCAGAUUAAUUUGGAAAUUAUUUACAGCCCUAAAAUAGAUCUGCUAUCUGUUAUGCAAGUGAUCCAUAACUUUUUUCUGCAGUUCCACUUCCUGUGAGCCAUCUCCAAGGGCUAUCAGCUGCUCUCAAAUCCCCAAACUAACCUGAAGUCCCUAGGGGCAGAGUCAGUAAACCUCACAUUUAACUGAAGCAGCCUUUUUUUGUUUUGCUGAAAGGCUUUCUCAUUUAUUAUUGAUGAGACUUUUUUCAUGGCGGGCAUAAAUUGCCUCUGCGCACCAACAGGUGUGGGAAAGCAGACAUAACCAUGCGGCGAUGUGCCUCACCCAUCCCUACAGUAUGUCUAUACCAGUAGAAGAGGGUUGCUUAGCAACUGGCUCACAGCUAGAUGCAUCUUACACGUAGCUCAACAAAAAGUCUAACAAUUAAAAAUAACAGCUCUCGCAAACAUUUCUUUUUGUCUGUCGACCAAAUUAUUGAAUCACCCCAUUUUAAACCAUGGCAAUACACAAUAGAGCUUUUAUAAUUCUGCAUAUACACUAACAGAGCACUUUGUACUAUGUUCUCAUUUCUGUGCAGAUAUUUCAAAUAGCCAGUGUGUGCAUGACAAGCUCUUCUGAAAUGAUGCUCAACAGAGAGAGAUGAUGCAUUUCUGAUAUUUAGAGAUGUGUUUAUAUUUUAUUUAGACAAUUCAUUUCCUAUUUGAAUGACGGUGGGAUAAGACUGUCGUCAGUAUGAGGACCUAUUGCAGUGGGAGGACCUCAUUUGGAGCCAUCGGGCCACUGCUACAGGACAAUACGGACGAGGACACACGUAAAAACCAUAGACUGACGGCCGCCUGGUUCACGGCUCAGCGAGCAGGGCCGCAGAUGAAGACUUUGAUAAAGCAUUUACCUUUUCCUGCUUUCUCCUUUUGUUUUCCUGUUUUAAGACUCUGGGGAAAAAGGAAAGCAAAGCAAACUGGACACGUCCUUGAAAGAGACAACAUAGAUGUAAAUAAAACAACAGAACAGCACAUCUGGGCCACGCGGCUCCGUCCACACAUCUGUCUAUUGAUGGUGAGUCAGGUAACAAGGUGGUUGGUUGCUAAGUUGCACCUUGAACACUCAAUGUCAGUCACUUUUCUUGCUGUGGUAUCCCUCCUCGCAAUAAGUGUAUUAAGAUGUAUCAGUUGAGGCACUUUGUGUUCUGAAAAUGGAGUGUAUUCAUAUAUGAAAUCCUACAUACAGUAUAUACAGUAUAGAGAGACAAACGUGCUAAGUUGAAUCAAUGUGACAUUAUGGUCAUCUUUGCUUUUGUUUCCCUCGGUAAUUUUCAGUAGGUUAAUUACUCUGCUGUGUGUUAAUGUGCGCACUUGGGUGUGUGCGUCCCCCUGUGAUGCAGUCACCAUUGUAGAAGUCCCCCCCCCCCUGUCCUGCAUUCAACAUGCAACUAUACCCUGCUGCAGAUGUCGUUUAACAAACCAAAUUAUUCUUACCAGACUUUUCCUCAGAACCCCUGGUGGCUAAAAAAAAAAAACUGCGUAACUUGAUUCUUCCAAACUUUUCCCCCCUGAUGGGGGGUGGAGCAAAAGUGUAGCAGAAGACGCCCAAGUUAAAAGUGGGACUUCUAGAAUGGCUACAUCUGCACAGUAGCAAUCCCCUGAACCCAACCAAUCAGAUCGGAUUUGCAAUAAGCACCCAAAUAAAAAAAACAAAAAGGGCCGAUCCACACUGUGAUUUCAGCAGCCUGUUACACCCAGAGAGAGAAAAGAGUGUGAAUGCUGCUCUGAAAGCUGAGAGAAGCGACUGGCAGGUGGCACAACUUGUGUGUCAUGUUGGUUGCGACCUGCACAGCCGUCGACUCGCUUUGUCACCCUGUACCCACAAUCCUCCUUGUGUAGUACACACGCUGCUUAACUCUUUGAAUUGACAAAGGGGUACCUACCGUUCUCUGUGUAUCUUUAGGAAAACGUAACUUGAAAAAAAAAAAAGGUGUUUAUUUUUUUUAAAUCCAGAACAUGUAUUUUUGUGUCUUACUGUUGCUCUUACUUGUAAAAGUCAUGGUAGUCGGAUGCUGUGCUUCUCCAUCGUGUCCUCAAACUGUCAGGCUUUUGAUCCCAGUUCAUGUUUCGUAUGUUUUAUUGUGAGGAAAAUUCUAGUUUGAAGUCUGUAUUUGUGGAGCCUUUUGUUGGCAUUCUAAAGUGCAUGCUGAAAAAAUAAAAACAUUAUGUCAACAUGUAAAAGAAAAAAGAAAAGAAAAGACAUACUGUAUAUCACAGU